AUGUCUUCGGAUAAUUCAUCGUCUAUUGUUCAAUAUCAAUCUGAUCGACUUAAUUCAAUAAGUUCGACCAAUGCUGUCUCUUCUUCUUUUUCUAUGAUCACUUUAGCCUCAUCUUUUAUUGUUGAUUCUUCAACAGUUAUUCAUGAAAUGACAACUGAACAAACUACUCGCUUAUUAGAAAAAGAUCCAUCAAAUUAUUAA